UUCAAAUAGAAAAAAAAAUAGAAGCUGCGGACGAAGAAAAAAACUAAAAAGUAGUCGACUAUAUUUGUGCUUCAGCAAAUAAAAUAAUUUGUUUGUGCGCCGUCAGUUAAAAGCAGCAAAAUAACCAAGUUCAAUAUACGCCUAGACACUAUAAUGUCAAAGAACAAAAAAAUGUCGCUAUCGGGCGGCGACACGACAGAAAAAUUUAUUUACAAACCUAAGGAUUUGAUAUGGGCCAAAAUGAAGGGCUUCACACCGUGGCCAGGCAUGAUUGUAGAGCCGCCUCUGGACCUGCUCAGCCAGCAGCGUCGUGCGAACACCAAGUGUGUGUUCUUCUUUGGAUCGAGAAAUUUUGCAUGGAUCGAGGAGAACAAUAUCAAACCCUUUGAGGGACCCUGGAAGGAGGAACUGGCCAAAGUAAGUAAGCCUGCUGCCUUUCGGCACGCCAUGGCAGACAUCGACAAAUACAUUGACGAUCCGGCUGAGGUGGACGACCAGAUAAACGAGAGCUGUGGUGUUCCCAAUCAUGCCACCGAGGCUGAUUUUGAUAAGAUUCGGGAUGCCGUGGAUAGCGAUGAGAAUCCUGUAGACACUGAUGCCGAUGCCAACAACGGUGUGGUCGUUCACGUUGUCGGCAGUCCGGAUGUAGAAGGUUCCGAAACCGUAGAAGGGGAAAACAAUGCAGAUUCUUCAGCCUCACCUACCGUUACUGUUGCGACGCCGGCGACAGCAAAAUCCCCAGGGAAACGGACACCCAAGGCCAAGUCGGUUUCUGCCGUUUCCGCGACCAAGGCGGCAAAGGCUUCCACCACAAAAUCCGCACAGAAACGGCGCAUCUCUGCUCAUCAAACGCCCACUGGUGCAAAUGCUAGUGGAGCACCGAGCGCUAAACGGGGCAAGCGUGUUGUAUCGGGAGGCGCUGUAGCUGGCAACUUUGAUGGAGCAAGUUCGUCCUCUCCUACGGCCCGCCGUCGCGUUGAGGUUGAUGCGCUAUUGGCCUCACUAGCUGCGAAGCGUGCACCCAACGCCAUUGCCUUGCUAGAUCGUCCAGUGGUCACGCGGCCUGAGACUCAGGCCAUCGACAUGAACUCGCGCUCCAAUACAUUAGCCGACCGCGACAUCGUGCCGUCGGAGUUGACUUUUGGCUUCCUUGGAUUAGGCAUGAUGGGAUCGACUAUAGUUAAGGAUUUGAUAUACACAGGGCACAAAGUUGUGGUCUGGAACCGCACUAUCGACAAAUGUCAGCCAUUUGUCGAAGCCGGUGCCGAAGUCAAAGACACUCCCAUGGAUGUGGUGGAGGCGGCAGACAUCAUUUUCUGCUGUGUUUCGGACCCCAAAGGCGCCAAGGAUCUCGUUUUUGGGAACUGCGGCGUACUGCAGCUAAAGGAUCUACGCAAUAAGGCGUAUGUGGAAAUGUCCACCGUAGAUCCAGACACAUCCCUGGAUAUUGGAGAGGGCAUCAAGCAAUGCAAUGGGCGAUACCUGGAGGCACAAAUCCAUGGCUCGCGUCAGGAGGCAGCCGAUGGUAUGCUCAUCAUACUGGCUGGCGGGGAUCGCACGGUAUUUGAAGAGUGUCACUCCUGCUUCAAGACCAUAGCGAAGAACACUUUCUUUUUGGGGACAGAUGUCGGUAAUGCUUGUAAAGUGAACUUGAUUUUGCAGACCAUUCAGGCUGUGAGCCUAGUAGGACUUGCUGAGGCGUUAGCACUGGCUGAUCGUUUUUCCAUUUCGUUAAACGAUAUCAUAGACAUUUUCGACUUGACUUCUAUGAAAUCCCCGCUGCUGCUGGCCAAGGGCAAGGAAAUGGCCAAGGGCGACUUCAAUCCGCAGCAGCCUUUAAGUCACAUGCAACGGGAUUUGCGUCUAGUGCUGAAUAUGGCAGAGAAUCUGGAUCAAUCGAUGCCUGUCACGAGCAUUACAAACGAGGUGUUCAAGCACACCAAGCGCUUGGGCUACAGUGAACACGAUUCGAGCGCCGUAUUCGGUUACUGCUAUGCAGAUCAAAGUUUAAAGAAAUAUUGCGAGCCGAUCAAGGUAGUGGCAUGCAUGCUCUCCACACCUGAACACAGCAAAAACCAGGGCAAUUGCAUGAUGAAGGGCUCGGCUGAAAAACAGGCGCUGCACGGUCAAGUGUUCAGAAUCAGCAAGUGACAGAUCAAGAGGAACAUACCAGUACUCUUACCGAAAUACCUUUGGCAACUUAAAAUUUUACAGACGAACCCGAUUCAUAAAUUGUGCAGUAUAUACUUUUUUGAUGUUUUCGUUGUAUUUUUUACUUGGUUUUUUUUUGGACCGCGUGCUGGUUAUGCGCGUUGCCCAGCAAUGAAUGGAAUGAAACCCCGAGGAAAGAAGCAACAAUUUGUAUUUUAGGGCACUUGGUUUUUUACUGUUAUGUAUGUGCAUGUUGCUUCCCACAUAAGAAUAAAGUAAUGCAUACAUAAUUUUAAAUGUAUAGAAAUACCACAUGCAAAUAAACUGUACAAAAAAUACUUGAGGAACACACAAAUUUUUGACGGUAGUAUACCAAAUCCGGCUGAAAUAUAGUCCGGUGUGCAGCCAACCGUUUUCAACUACUUAUUUAUGCAUUUAUACAAUCAUUUUAUCCUUAUAUUUUUUGUAAAACAUAACCAUUUGAUUGAAAUGUACACGCACCCGGCACAAGCAACACAUUUUAAAUUUUUUGUCAUAGAAUAAAUAGUAAGCAAACGAGUAAUAAAUACCACGCAUGGGCGUGGGCCAACGACAGUUUAGUAGUUAGUUGUCUCCUUUAUAAUAAUAAAUAAAACUGAA